CGUAUCUUUAAUGCAUGAAAAAAAAAAACACUGCUUCUGCUACUACUACUAAUAAUGGUGUUGUUUCAAUUAACGGCUCUGUCAAAUUUGGUCUCAAUACAUUUCAUUAGUAUAACGUUCUACGUGCAAGGGGGCGAGAGGUAACAGAAUUGCAACUUGUUUUUGUGAAGAACGCUUUACUAUACUGUAAUUCCUGAUGAACUUUUAAGUGCCUGUUCUGACAUGAUGUAGUAAUUCUGAUGCAACCUGUCAUUCCCAGUCAAUAGGGGGCGGUAACGCGCCUUAGUCACCUCACUGUUUACCAUAAAGAAGAAGCAACUGCCGCAAUUCCUUCUACUUUCUGGCUACUAGUUGUAUCCCUCCAACAUUAGCUUGUUCCUCUGAAUGUCCCCGUGCACUGCAAAAUGCUCCUGGUUCUGUCUGAAGAGCACAAGGAGCAUCUGGGCUUCCUACUGAAGGUGGACUCUGCAGUGGUUGGUGAGUUUGGACGGAUUGCCCUGGAGUUUUUAAGGAAAGGAACAAGCCCCAAGAUCUAUGAAGGAGCGGCAAGGAAACUUGGUGUCCCAGUAGAUACGGUGCAGCAUGGGGUGGAAGGCCUGAUGUUUCUGCUGACAGAGUCCUCCAAACACAUGGUGUCUGAAGUUGACUUCCUUGAUUCGGUGCUGGUCCUGGGUCUUGGUGAAGAACUCAAUCAGAUCCUUUUACAGAUUUACCAGCAGCACCGCUGUCAGAUUCGCAGCAUCCUGAGUCUGCUGCCUCCAAGUUUGCCAGCCUACCACAAUGUGGAGUGGAGACUGGAUAUUCAGUUGGCUAGCCGUUCCUUGCAUCAUCAGGUCAUCCCCAUGCUUAUGAUGCGACUACAGCUGACCAAAGGUUCUGAGACUACAAGCACCAUUCUACAGACCGACUUGAGCACCCUUCUUCACCUCAUUGCCAUGUUGGAGGCAGCUCUAGAUGCGUUGAAGACCAGCCAUGCACGCAGAAUACUACGCAACAUCAAAUGACAUCAUAAGCAAAUAAAUGGACUUUAAAAACAUGUGCCAACAGAGGGUUGAUUCUGUUGUCCAUGGAGGACAAAUGGUGAACUUGAUCUUUGUACAUAACACAGUGCUUUUAAUUUGUUAACAAGCAUGAGUCAUGUUUUGUAUGAUCUUUUUUAAAUCUCCUGAGAAAAUAUA